GGGUUGUAGCAUCCUGGUCAUUUCAGUUCUUGCUGCCUUUAUCAGCAGCAUAUAGAACAAUUUGUCAAAAGGUGAUUUUCGCGUUUUCUGUAAUUUAUUCACCAUUGUAUUGAACAGAAAACAGACGAAGUCUAUAGUAGCUUCGUCAGCAUGACAGAUCGUAGAAGUUCAAAUUUGACGUACAGGCAUACCGAUAUUCUUAAUGUCAGCAUUUUCAUAGCCAUUGCAACAUUACGGGUUCGGAUUGUAAUAAAAUUUACCAUUAGAGUGCAGCACCUAAUCGACCGUGGUAUUUAUGAUUUGUGUUUAUGGCGUUUAGGAAGUAAGAGUUACGUGAAAUUGAAGAUGGAUAAAGCAAGAACGUUUGUGAUACCUGAUAAAGUUUGUCGGCGUGCUGGUUUAUCAGCUGUUUGGUUUCCCAGCAAUAAAUUAGCUGCACAUGCUUACCGUCAUGUUACUGCUCACUCACAAGACAAGUAUAGUGAGUUUGCACCAUGUGAAGCUAUGGUUCAUCUUGUAAGAUUUGAUGUGAUGCUGUUUGAUCCAAUUGCUCGCAAACUUAUUAAUGAGUCCAAUGGAACAUUUCUGGCAGGGCAGAAGUUGGUAGCACAAGCAGGUGGAACUGAUAUUAGGGGUGAACUGCUGAAACUUAGCCGACAGUACAGGUCCAUUGUUCGAGCUUGCUUGGAGAAUUUGCAGUCAGAAGCUUCAAAGAUUGAGUCCUCCCGUAAAGAAGUAUGUUUAGAGUUGGUGGUAAUCUUCUACAAUGUUGAAUUCUUGUGGCAUUUGUGUGAAAUUCUUUAUGUAGAUGUCAUUCCAGGUGAUGUUGUUCUUCCACAGAUAAUGGAAUGGAUAAAAUUUCACUUUUUCCACUAUGAACGCCAAGCAAAAGGCAUUUUAAGUGGUGAAUAUGGUUCCUCAGUGCUGGAUAAUGGAGCAGAGAAUGAACCAGAAUAUUGGAAUACUAUAAUUGGUCUUGUUCUUCAGGGCAGACUAGAUGGUGCAAGAGCACUAUUAAAACUGCACUCUGCAUCACCUAGUGAGCCAUUUAAGUCAGUGGAUUAUGUUAUGAGGACCAUGCCUCAAUAUAGUGUGUUUGGAGGUUUAUCACUGACAGAAUUCAACAUGAGAUGGAAAGGCUGGCAGAAUGAAACUGCAUGUAAACUUCGUGCUGGAACAUUUGCAUCCAGGAAAGAACUGGAGCUUAUAAUGAAACUGAUGGUAGGUGAUGAAGAAGCAUUUCUGGAAGUGAAAGAUCAGUGUGGAACAUGGUAUCAGUUCAUGGCAUCAUGGUUAUUGUAUACAGAACCAACUGUGAAAUCAUUUGACCUCAGUUAUCAUGCUCACCAGUGCAUUGCUAAAUUUGGUGGUAUUUCAAGACUGAAACACAGUGAUCUCAUCCUGCUUGCUCUAAUGGAAUCUGAUCUUCAUCAGGUGAUCAGAUUGAUUGAGCAAACAUCAGAAAAUGGUUGGUUUGCAGCUCAUCUUACUAAUCUACUUCAUCAUUGUGGUUGUCUUAAGAUUCUUGACAGUCAGCAAGGGAACCAGUCGGUGAGUCUGGCCACAAACUUACAUGAGCAACUACUUCUCAACUAUGGGACACUCCUGAUGUCUCAUCGCUCUCUUUGGCAAGUUGGCAUCAGUUACCUAGAUCACUGUUCAGCAGAAGGACGUGCCCACAUAGAAGUUCUCCUUCCCACGUUGCCUCUUGGUUCAGAGGCACGAGCACUCAAAAUUAUUCAAGUGGCUCGUGACAGGGAUUUGCAUAACAUUGUUGCAAGCACCUCCAAGAUUAUGGGAAUGCGAUCCUAUCAACAGCGUCGUUUGGGCAAUGCACUAACGUGGGCACUGCGGUCACAAGAUGCUGGCUUCGCUACAUACCUGGCUAAUAAGUUCCUUGAAUUAUAUAGCAGAGAAGGAAAGUUCCAUUCGUUGGAUCUACUUGACAACCUUGGCUCUUGUAUGCUUGUCAGUGAUAGACUCACAUUUUUGGGGAAGUACUGUGAAUUUCAUCAGCUUUAUCAUGCCGGAGAGUUUCGAGAUGCAGCUGCGUUACUUGUGUCACUUCUUGCUUCCAGACUAGCUCCUAAAAGCUUUUGGAUGACUCUUCUGACAGACGCAUUGCCACUUCUAGAAUCAAAUGACAUUGUUCUUACCUCUGAAGACACAUAUGAAUUACUGAACAGCAUGGAGGAGCUUCUUGGAGAGGGACAGAUUCCAGACUUUGGAGACACACCAGGAAGCAACAAAUUGACGACAGUACAAGACCAGUCAGUUGAUACAAACAGUGUCGUGGAAGAAAAGGUGAAGUUGAUCCGAUUGGCUUUGGCACGCAACUUAGCGAGGUCUCUCAAUCAUGAAGGAUGCCUUGUGGAUUGAACACAUGCAUUUGCGUCCACCAGUCAUGAAUGUCAAGAAAGAGACUCUUAAGCCGGGGGGGAAAAGAAAGAAAGAAAGACACCAAAAGUUUCAGAAAUAAUUUCAAUAUAUUUCUGGUAAUCAUAUAGUACAAUGCUUUUACAGAAAUUGAUGUUCUAUAUAGCAUUACUGUUUGAUAUUGUACUUUUCAGCCUCUGAUUACAGAAAUAAAAUAAUCAUAACUUUU